UAUAGUUUUGUAAUUUUCUAUACAACUUCAAAUUUCCCCUUUCAUUCACCAUCAUUUUCCCCAAAACCCUUGUGCGUAUACUCUCUCUGAGGAGUUUGAAGAUAAUUGAAGGUUUUUGCAUCAGCAUACACAAGCAUUGUUAGAACAUAAGGUCCGGUAUGGCAUAUGGAGGUGCAACUUCAGGUCCAGCUGUAGGCAGUUCUCCUGCAAUGAAGCAGGUGAAACUGGAGAAAGAAAGUGAACUCAGAAUUGAAGUCAAUGUUAACAGUUCUCUCCGUCUCAGGCUACUUAACGGGUCUGCUGAGAUAUUCGGCACUGAAAUGCCCCCUGAAAAUUGGCUCAUUUUCCCACCAAGAAUGAAAUUUGCUAUAUUUACAUGGUAUGGGGCGACUAUUGAAAUGCAAGAUAACACUGAAACUGAUUACGUAGCAGAUGAGACACCGAUGAUCAGUUACGUAAACGUGCAUGCCGUACUUGAAGGACGCAGAAAUCGCGCAAAAGCCUCUGUCAGUGAUACCGAUUCUUCCCAGGGUCCCAGGGUGAUUGUAGUCGGACCGACAGACUCCGGAAAGAGUACGUUGUCAAGAAUGCUUCUUAGUUGGGCUGCCAAACAAGGAUGGAAACCGACGUUUGUCGAUUUGGAUAUCGGUCAAGGAUCUAUUACCCUCCCGGGGUGUAUUGCUGCUACCCCUAUUGAAAUGCCAAUCGAUCCAGUUGAAGGGAUUCCUCUUGAGAUGCCUCUUGUUUACUUCUACGGACAUAACACUCCAACUGUAAAUGCAGAUCUUUAUAGGGUGCUUGUAAAGGAGCUUGCGCAGAUUUUGGAACGACAGUUUGCUGGGAAUGCGGAAUCUAGGGCAGCAGGCAUGGUCAUCAACACCAUGGGAUUCAUUGAUGGCCUCGGUUAUGAUCUUCUUUUGCAUGCAAUUGAUACGUUCCAAGCUACUGUUGUUCUUGUCAUGGGUCAGGAUAAACUUUGCAGCAUGUUAAAAGAUGUUUUAAAACAAAAGCCAAACGUGGACGUGGUGAAACUUCAGAAAUCUGGCGGUGUUGUGUCCCGCAAUUCAAAAUUCCGAGCUAUUGCACGGAACCAGAGGAUAAGGGAAUAUUUCUACGGUCUUUCAAACGACCUUUCCCCACACUCUAGUAUCGCAAAUUUUAGUGACUUGGCUAUUUAUAGAAUCGGUGGUGGCCCACAGGCCCCGGCUUCAGCUCUGCCGAUUGGUGCACAGCCUGUGGCGGACCCCAUGAGAUUGGUUCCGGUCAACAUCAAUAGGGAUUUGCUUAAUUUAGUUCUUGCUGUUUCGUUUGCCAAAGAUCAAGAUCAGAUACUUUCAAGCAACAUAGCUGGAUUUAUCUGGAUCACUGAUAUUGACAUUCCAAGGAAGAAAAUCACAUAUCUUGCACCAUCAGGUGGAGAACUUCCUAGUAAAUUCUUGUUAAUGGGAAGCCUAACGUGGAUCGAGACCUAGAGUUCGUCACAGCAUAUAUGAAGUAUGAACCUGUUACAUUCUAGUUUUUAAGAAACGAAGCUUUUACAGCUGAAUCACUGUUUUACCCUUGUAGAGCAAAGGGCUCAUUAAGAAUCAUAUUUUGUAGUAUAGGAGUUGUUGGCGUUAGAAUGGAGUAAAAUCAUAGAAACUAUUAUGGCUGAUGCUUUUAGAAGAUGGUGGUGCACUAUGAUCAAUUCAAUUGUGUGCAGACAGGGGCUUUUGGUUUUUGUAGUGUUGGUUAUAUCUUUUUUCUUAUGUAUAUUAUGGUUUUAUGGUUGUAUACUUUCUACUGUACAUGUUGGAAUGAGCCAUUUUUCUA